ACAGGCGGCUCUGCAGUCCUCACUUCCAGCAGCAGGGGGCGGCACGUCCACAGCACAGCGGCCGCUAAAAUCAUUACGUAGUGCUGUCUUUGUGUGUCUCAUGAGCCUUUUGACACCGCCCCUCCGAAGGGUGCAGCGGGGACCAUCAAGAGCCGACUGUCGGUUAGGUCUGCUGGGUAUAAACAAAUCUGUACAACACCGCGAUGUGCGGAUGUUUAUCCGUAGUGAGGAGCAGCUAUCCGCGCCGCCGCCGUUACUAACGUCCACGAUGUAGACCGUCGCCUACGUUACACACUCACCGGGGACGUUACGACGGUUGGUUUUUGACUCGAGCCGGAGCUGUCAGCGCUUUUCCCGGUGGCGUGACAGGUAUUUUUACGCUACGGUGCUCAUAAUGGUCGCCCGGUGAAUUGUAGCUACGUUACGCUAAAGCUCGCUGACGGUUGUUGUUGUUACGCACCGACCACAAGCAGCCAGCUCUGCCCGUUACAGAGGCACCUGAACAUGGCAUCGCCCGCAGAGCACGACCUGGCUCUGUCUGAAGCGGACCACAGCAAGGAGAAAGCUCAGGUGUUUGGGAUUUUGAGGCUGCAGGAGGAGAAAUCUGGUGUUGGAGAUAAAGCUAACAGUAGCAGCACAAUGAGAAGUGGUGGUGGUGGUGGUGGUGGUGGUGGAGGAGACGGGCGAUGGCAGGCUCCUAUCUUCGCUUUGGCCAGGAAAGCAUCCGAGACCAUUUCAGGGAGCAUUCACGUCCUGCCAAAAGUGUCGGAGCACAGGACGUCUCUGCCCGGGGACUGGACCGUCCAAGCCCUGCGAGACCCCAUGACCAUGGAGCGAGCCAACCUGCUGAACAUGGCCAAGCUGAGUAUUAAAGGGCUAAUCGAGUCGGCUCUGAGCUUCGGACGAACGCUGGACUCAGACUACCCACCUCUCCAGCAGUUCUUUGUUGUCAUGGAGCACUGCCUCAAACACGGCCUCAGAGUGAAGAAAUCCUUCCUGGGCUUUAACAAGUCUCUCUGGGGUCCUCUGGAGCUGGUGGAGAAACUGUGUCCUGAAGCAGCAGAGAUCUCAGCCUCUGUACGAGACCUGCCCGGACUUAAUUAUUUCUCACUACAUAGAAGAGCUUCCAGCCAGGGAAUGAAUGCUGAGUCAGACCAACGGACACGUAGCAAAACAGCAUUUUUGCAACAAGAAGUACGGACACAAAGGACUCCAUUAGGCAGAGCCAGAGCUUGGUUGCGUCUGGCUCUCAUGCAGAAACGGCUGGCCGACUACCUACGACUCCUCAUCACCAGAAAAGACCUGCUCAGUGAUUUCUAUGAGAAUUCAGCACUGAUGCUUGAGGAGGAGGGAGCGGUGAUUGUGGGCCUGCUGGUGGGCCUGAACGUCAUCGAUGCUAACCUGUGUGUCAAAGGCGAAGAUCUGGACUCUCAGGUCGGGGUUAUCGACUUCUCCAUGUACUUGAAGAAUGACAUUGAUGAUUACAGGAGUGAAGAGAGGAAUAGCCAGAUAGCAUCCAUCUUGGAUCAGAAGAACUAUGUAGAGGAACUAAACCGGCAACUCAACUCCACAGUUCAUGGUCUUCAGGGCAGAGUGGACUCUCUAGAGAAGUCCAACUCUAAACUCAUAGAGGAGUUAGCCAUAGCCAAGAACAACAUCAUCAAACUGCAGGAAGAAAACCAGCAGCUGAGGAGUGAAAACAGCCUUAUCCUGCUGAAGGCACAGCAGCAAUUAGAGGUAACCCAAGGUGAUGUGACGGUGGAGAGAGAUACAUAUAAACAGUCACGUCAGGGUUUGGAUGAGAUGUACAAUGAGGCUCGAAGGCAACUGAAGGAGGAGUGUCAGCUCAGACAGGAUGUGGAGAAUGAGCUGGUAGUCCAGGUGUCGAUGAAACAGGAAAUGGAGCUGGCCAUGAAACUUCUCGAGAAGGAUAUUCAUGAAAAACAGGACACACUGAUUGGACUGAGACAUCAACUGGAUGAAGUCAAAGCCAUCAAUGUAGAAAUGUACCAGAAGAUGCAGUCAUCUGACGACGAGAUGAAGAAGAAAAACAAUAUGAUCAGUCGUCUGGAGGAGAAGACCAAUCAGAUCACUGCCACCAUGAAGCAGCUGGAGCAAAGAUUACAGGAGGCAGAGAGGCACCGCACCUCGGCGGAGGAGGGAACCAGACGCUUCAAGUUGGACUUUGCCAACAAGGCCGACAGCCUGCAGCGGCAGAUCGAACACAGAGAAAGGCAACUCCAGCAGCUGGAGACGGACCUGAAGAUAGAGAGGGAGUGGAGGCAGACAUUACAAAAUGAUCUAGACAGAGAGAGAGAUACGGUGGCUCAGCUCAGCACAGAGGCUCUGCAGAUCAAUGGACUAAAAAAGGAGUUCCAUCGCCUCCAGGAUGAAAACAUUCAGCUGAAGACCAUCUGUGAGGACCAAGAACAAGCUCUUGAGGAGCUAGGCUCCAAACUAAGCGAAUCUAAAAUGAAGAUUGAGGACAUCAAAGAGGCCAACAAAGCUCUUCAGGGGGGUCAGGUUUGGCUAAAGGAUAAGGAAGCCAGCCACUGCAAGCUGUGUGAGAAGGAGUUCUCCAUUUCCAGAAGAAAGCACCACUGUAGGAACUGUGGAGAGAUUUUCUGUAACAGCUGCUCUGACAAUGAGCUCCCUCUGCCCGCCUCGCCGAAACCAGUCAGAGUCUGUGACACCUGCCACGCCCUACUCCUCCAACGAUGCUCCUCCAAUCCAACGUGAAGGAGCCCCUACAAUGCUGUCACGACUGCUUCAAUCUAAAACAAUCUGAGCACAGACUCGUAAAUCCCCACCUUCCAGUCUUUUCAACAGUAUUUGCUGCUAGAAAUUGAGUGCGUGCAUGAACUUUUAGUACAUUGGAUUUGUCUUAAAUUACAAUUUGGAAAAAGUCCCCCAGACAAAAUGAGUGACGUCUGCAUCAGUGUGACAUGUCUAUGUUUGAUGUCACUAUGUGCAGAUGCUGUGUAGUAUAAAACAUUCAGACACAGAGGAGAAGGCAAAUCAGUCCACUAUAACUUGGGCCAAAGGGUCUGACUUGAUGAAGGAGUGAGGAUCGCUGGUCUGCUUGAAUAUCAUAAACAAUCAUAGCUGUAGGCAGUCAAAUUAUUAGUUAUACACAUGAAACCAUUUAUUUACAGUAACCUUAGAUAUCAGUGACUGACAGAGGAAGUAAUGCAAAGUGGAACUGUCUUUCGAGUUCCCUUUGGGGAAAUCCGGUUGUUGCACUGACCAGACAUAGACAGCACUGAGCUGACAGACGCCAAGCUAAAACGCACAACAGGUGUGAAUAUGUCUGCUUCUGUGUUGCCUGCACACACCGAUACUGACACAUCAGCAGGUCAGGUUUUAGGUAGAGGAGCGAGUUCGGUUACAAAAGGAGGAACAACUUCACAGUGAACUGAAAGUGCGACUGUGAUGAGCACUACUAUAAUUAAAUGCAGAUGUUUUUUCUGAAGCAAACCUCCAGUCUUAUGUAGAACUACACCAACAUGUGUAUGUAUCAAGCCUCAAACUGUGUACACUGAGUGUAUCGCCAAACAAGUGAGAUUAUAUAAUUUAUACAUACAGUACAGUAUGGUGGCCUUGUUGACUGUUGUUUCUGUCUUCAAAGCGUCCUCCUUUGAGAUGGAGUGAAUUGAACACAAAGACUAAGGUUGCAUUUACACAGGCACAAAAAUCAAGUUAAAGUUAAAUUAUUAAGUUUAACUUUGCUAGAUACUAAACUGACAUUUAAACUGGAUAUAUUUUCUUCUGUGCCACAAGGUAGGUCAUUUCACACGGGUAACUUGAAUAUAUUUUGCACCCGCAAUCAUCUGAGGAAUCAGACCUCUUCAGAAUAUUUCAUGUGCGGUAAGACAAAGACUUUCCCUGGGAACUGCUCAAGCAACUUUUGCUGUGCCAACAAUGACUGGACUAGAACAAACUGAUUUUGUUUUUGCAAUGUUUGUGCCAUUUGUGCCUGUGUAAAUGCAAUGAACAAUACCUACUUGUGCUUCUCAUGUUGCCAAAAUGAGUCCUAUAUUUCUACAGAGUUCUGUAGAGAGAAUCUAAAAUAUUAAAACAAAGUAGCAACACUAGCCAAGAAAGCAGCCGAGACUAAAGGCACAUUUCACUGCUUGUUGGAGACACUAAUGCAGUGGAUGCUGCUUCUUAAAGGACCAAGAAGAGCAACAGACGCUGUUGUUACUGAUGACUGAUCAUCAGUCUGUCUAACUGGCUCCUUUGUUGACGAACCACUGACAGCUUACUGACAACAGGACCACUUCACUGACUAGUUAGUGGUUAUUAUGAACAGACUUGAGUAUUACACACUUUUGACAACAUAGCUACAAAGUAUGUUUGAACAUUUGCCAAUUCUCUAUCUCUUGUGAUCUAGAUUAAUUUGAGAAUAUUUAUAUUUCAUUUUGUUUUAGGCAAAUUCAUUUUUUUUUAUUUUCAGAAGUCCAGGAACUUGAUUUUUUGUUCAAGCUUUCACUUGAAGUUAGAUGUCAUCAGUGCAGAUGGAGACAUUAUAGAAGAACCACUUUUUACUGUUGCUUCAUUCCUGAGAGGUAAAGCUCGACACUCUAGUUCAUUUUUGUUCCUUUAAAAUCAAAGAUUGAGACAUGUUAACGGGUUAUAAUACAAGUUCCACUGCACAUUCUGGUUUUGUACUUGUAUACAAAGUUUACAACCUGCGAUUUUUCAAGAAGUAUUCAUUCCCAUGAAAAGAUAAGACGGGCCUGGGUUCAGUUCGAGAGGCGUUUUUCUCAUUUCAAAUAUUUAAAAACUCAACAAUUCAUCAUAUCAUCUUCGUUAAGCACUAUAUGCAAAUGUUUCUGAACUGCACCCAGGCCUGAAAUGUUUUUCUACAGUGUCGCUCUUGUAAAUCUCCCAGCUUUCAAUGGGACUUGUACAGUGUUGGUACCUCCGUAUGUUGUAUAUACACAAUGUUGAUAAUCACUGUGGCCCUUUAGCUUACUAAAUCCUGCCAGUUUAAUAUUAACUCCAUUUCCAACAAUAUGUUGCCUUGACUGUGUGGCAGUUUCUGAUUAAAAGUUACAGAGUCCUUCA